AGUACGCCCAGGGCCUUGGCAGGACCAUCUGUGCAAGGGUAAGGUGUCAUUAGGUGAACAUUGAGAAAUGUUGCUUUCCCACAGCCGCUAAGAUAAAAGGUAACAGCUUCGCAGUUCAGCCUUUUGUCGCUGGCAGGGGUGGGAGCUGCAGGUCCAGGGGGCUGCAAGGCAUUGGGGUGUGUGUGAGCGCGCGUGUGCGUGUGCACAUGUGUGUAUGUGUGUGUGUGCGCGCGCGUGGCCUCCCGGCAGCUGUCCCCCCCACUGCACCCACCGCACCCACCGCACCCACCGCCUCUGGCGCGCUGCCCCCGCCCCUGGCCAGCUGAGUGCGCCCCCCGGCCGCUGAGCUGCCUCCCCGCUCCCCAGCGCAAGCGCCGGGAGGCGACCCCUGGCGCGCCCCGGGUUCAAAGGCCCCGCGCGGCGGCCCCAGCCCCUCCGGGGGGCGGGGAGGCGAGGGGGUGGUGCGGGCGCCAGAAAAGCCCGAGCCCACAGCCGGCCCUGCGCAGGGAUGGGCAGCGCGCUCUCAAGUGUGUGACCGCCGCCGCCAACUCCCGGCCGGGCCGGGGACGCAGCGAGCGAGCGCCGGCCUCGGACCCCGCAGCUGGAGGGCGAGGUCGCUGUGCCGGGCCCAGCGCCCUUUCUCGGCCGCCGGCGUCCGUGCUCCCGGCCCGGUGCCCGAUCGGGGUUCAUGGAGCCGGGGCUGUGGCUCCUCUUCGGGCUCACAGUGACCUCCGCCGCAGGACUGGUGCCUCGCCCCCAGCCUGGGGACGUUGGCAGGAGCGGCAUGCCCGGGCCCCCCACUGCAGCCAGAUCUGAGGGGGACAUCGAGGAGAUUGUGGCCACUACUGCAGUGCAGGGUUUGAUUCCCAGACGCCCUGGGCAGGAGCAGAAACCAGGUCGGUUUGGGGAGCAGGCAUCCAAGGGGGGUCCUGUGCACCGCCGCGCGAGGCGCUGUACGUGCUUCACCUACAAGGACAAGGAGUGUGUCUACUACUGCCACCUGGACAUCAUCUGGAUCAACACUCCUGAACGGACCGUGCCCUAUGGACUGUCCAACUACAGAGGAAGCUUCCGGGGAAGGAGGUCCACAGGGCCAUUCCCGCAGAGCCCGCAGCCCUCCGAGUGGAGCCCGCGCUGCUCUUGUGUGCAGAGCCAGGACAGCGCCUGCUUGCACUUCUGCGCCCGCACCCUGGCUGUCAGCAGGAACUCAAGGACGGCAACAAAUCCUGACAAAGAAGAGCCAGCCAGCGGUGCCAACGGGGGCCUGCGUCCGAGGAGGUGAAACUGCUUUCUGAGGCGUCACACCCUUGGGGACAAGGAGGAUGUGAGGGUGGCAUGUGGUCGUGAGGACAGCCGGUGGGAGCCCCAGCACGCACGGGGUGCGGCAUCCACAGGGGACGGGGCCUUCGGUACAUUAUCUCUGGGGGCAGAGCAGGCUGGAGCUGUGGACAGUCACUGUCACUGCCCGGCCCCUGGGCAGCCACUCUCCAUCACAGAGUUGACGCCUUGCAUCCCUUGCAGCUUCGGAGCCGCGACAGCCGGCUCUGGACUUCACUGGGCCCGGCCCAGACACAGCUAGCUGGCCUGCUGCUCGGACACAACCCUCCCCCGACCCCAACAGCCCCGGCUCAUCUACCUGGGCCCAGGUGUCGCCUUUUCCAGAGGCAACAUGUGGUCGUUACCAAAAAAAAAAAAAAAAAAAAAUCAUUUCUUUUCUGCAGCAGCUGAUUCUGGCGAGCGGUGACUUACAGCAGCUUGGCUUGGCAGUAAGGCCCCGUGUCCCCACAUUGGUUUUUUGUUUUUUGUUUUUUAGCCUGCUUGUCUUUGGUAUGAGAGAUUCCGAGGGUUUCUCGCAGCCAGACUGGGUUUCUUUGUCAUCCUAUCAAUCAGGAAUUGUUAUGAAUGGCCCGCACAUCUCAAUGGGACGGUAAUUUAUGUCCAUAAUAAUAGCCUGGAGGUGGCUUGGGUUCCUACAGGGACUGAUCAAGGGAAGAUUAAACCGUGCUCGGUACACAGGAGGCUUUCCGAAUUAGUGCCAGCGGCUUCUCGGCAUCCAGGGAGACCCUUCGGCACCCGGAACACAAAUGGAGACAGUGGCGGGGCGGGCGGGGCGGCAGAGAGAGGCCCCAGAGAGCACGAGCCAGGCCCCAGCUGGUCCCAGCCUUGCCUUUUCUGUCUUUUUCCUUUUUUGCUCUUCUCGCCCCACGCCCCUACUCCUCUCGGCGAGGGCGGGGUGGGAUUAAAGGCGUCCGUCCUUCCCCUCAUUGAUUCACCGCUCAUGCACCUGUGAAUCGCGCACCUGGGACGCACUGGGCGCUGUUCUAGAAGUCUGGGACGGCAGGGCGCGAGGCAAAGGGUCUGGCCCUGUGGAACUUAGAUAGUGGGGGAGCGGGCAGCAAACAGAUACGGUCUCCCUCCUUAUCCGUGGGGCUACGUGCCCAGGCCCUCCGGGGACGCCUGGAACCACGGCCACCACCGAGCCUCGUCUGUACUGUGCUUUUUCCUCCACGUACACACCUCUGGGAAAGCGCGGUUUAUAAAUUAGGCCCAGGAGAGAGUGACAACAAUGGCCCACCCUAGACUAGAAGCAGCAAAACAGUCUGCUGUGAUAAAGGUUCUGUGAAUGUGCUCUCUCUGGCUCAAAACAGUUCGGUCUGUACUGGCCUCCUUGCGAGGAGGGAAUGACAAGAUGCUGUGUGGGGAGGAGAGGGAGCUGGACACGCAGGCCCGUGACGCAGCGCGAGGCUACUGGGGACCCUCUGAGAGUGUCAGAGGCAGGGCCGUCUGCUUCUGGGCUGUGGCUGACAGCGGGUGACUGAAACCAUGGCUAAGAGGGGACCACUGUACGUGAAGUAACAGAGCGAGACGGAUGAGGGACAGUAGGAAGGCCGGGUCGGGCCAGGAAGUGCUGGGGCUGGUUGUAGUUUGGGAUCCGGUGGACAGCGUGGUCUCCCUGAGCAGGUGACGCUGGCUUAGAGACCCUCAGGAAGUCAAGGGGUGAGCCAGGGGGAUGAGGAAGGGGAAGAGAUUUCAGGCAGGGACAACACUAAGUGCAAAGGUCCUGUGGUAGGAAUGUGCCCGGUACGUUCAAGGAAGGCGAGAGAGCUGUGCACAGAGAAAGGACGAGGUUGCUUUAGCUGUUGCUCUGUUACUGUCGUGUUGACGGUCCAGAAGGUGAGGAAGGUAGCGCAGGUGCUACCCCCUGGGGCCGGAAAGGUGGUUCUUCCAGGUCUUUGCAAUUCAUGUAAAGCUCCUGUAGGAAGAUUAACUCAGGAAGAAACAUCUUUUCUUAUAAGCCACGGUCCCUGCUUGCCUGCAAGACUCAAGUUAGUAAUUUCCAGAUUCACAUUCUCCGAGUGGAAGCGUGCCACCAUCCCGAGCUUGUGAUCAUCGAAGCCGUGACCAGGCUGCGGGGCAGCUCCCGGCGGCCACGUCUGCUAGUGUGGUUGAUUCACACCUUCCUGGGCGGAUGGCAGGCUCUGAAAUUGCCAAGAAGCACUGGCGAGAAGGUUCAGCAAAGCAGGCAGCGGGGCUAGAGGGAGCGCGGGGGAAGUCGCCUUGUACAGGCAGUGGGACCUCUGCGGCGCUACAUGCCUUUCUGUCCUUCACCUCUUUCUCUGGGACAGGCUGAAGUCAGGGAUGGACAAAGUGAGCGGGCCUUAGGCCUCCAGCAUCAAAUGCUUCCCCGGGCAGGGCUCCUCGUUCAGCCUGUAGCUCUGCAGUUUUAGGAGCCCCCCCAAAGCAGGCCCGCGGCACCCCGUUUCGGGGCCCUCAGUCCCUGCUCCUGCCCGCUUCACAUUCCCACCUCUUGGAGGUCAAGGAAGGCGUUUUGCCCCCGGGGAGAAAAACCCAUCCAGAGGGUCCUCACUUAACAAUACCGCCCUACCCCAAGAAAGCCCCCGUCCAAAGGACCCGGUUUCUCUAAUGGGUAAAAUGGUCCCAGAUGUGCCCCAGAGCCUGAUGCCCGUGGCUCGGGUUUCAUGCAGGAAAUUGUUUUUGGAGCGGUAGGGCACGUUGGAAAGCCACUUGCUGGCUUUCGCCUUCUCCUGGAGGAGAGGUGGGCUCCGAGCUGGCUUUGCAUACGUGAACACGCAUCCUCUUGUACGCGACGCAGCGGGUGGCGGGAGUGUGCAACACUCACGUCCUGACAUGGCGCGGCCCUGCGGCGGGAGCCGGGAGGGGGCUGGGCGUCGAUUCUGGGUGCAGGUCGUAGCUCUGCGGAGUUGAGGACUGUGAAGCUUAUCGGAUGUAGACAGAGAUUUUCAGCUGUGUGUGCUGCCCACCGGAAAGAAUAGAUCUUAAAAAAAAGAAAGAAAAAAGAACAAUGUUUGUGAUGUUUGCGACCAGCAAAGGAGUCCAUGAGUAUCUGUGGGCUUUGAACCCCGGGCGGGUGGCUAAGCGUCUGCUCUUGGUCAGGCUCUGACUUCCUGUGCCUUUUGCGGGUCGUCAGACCAGGGCACGGCGGGCCUCUUCCCGGGGAGCCACAGUAAAGGCAGCCAGCUGCAGCUCAGGGCCAUUUGCGAGAAUAUUUGCUUUCAUGAAUAAAUGUGGAUCUUUGGGGAAUGGCUUCAAAAUAAGUCACAAAUGCAAACCCUUUGUAAAUUAUGUAAAUUCCUAUUUAUCUAUAUAAUCGGCAAGCACUGGGUCACGCCCAGCAGCUCACGAUCAGCUCAGGCUGUGCUUUCGGCCAGCCCAGGAUUACUGGAUCUGACAGAGGGACUCGGGACGAUGUCACCAACAGGGACGGCCCCUCCCUCCGCCCCUCCGCCCCCAAGCCCCAGCCCCCACCAGCAGAGAGAGGAGAACCUCCAUUUGAGGCAUGCCCAGGUCACCCUGCAGAGAAAUUCAAGGUGGUGGGGGACCAAGCCGUGGCCUUGACCAAAUGUUGAGUUCUCCAUGAGUAUUUCCUAAGUUAUUAUAGGUAUGAAAGUGAGUAUCUGCCAUGAGGAAGCAGAGGGACUGGUUUGCCAGCAGGGGUGUGUAGCGUAGAGAAGCAAUUAUUUAUUUCGAGACCGUUCCUUACUUCAAUUCCUUUACGUGGAUCUGUUAAAAGUAAAGCCACUAUAUAGAGAGAUUUUAAAUUGUGUUCUGAAUCCAAACUUCUAGUCCUUAGAGCUUGAAUCCGAUUUUUAAAACGCACAUGAACUGUUUGGCUCUGUGGCAAGAUGGUAUCUUGGAGAGAAAUUCAUUCGUUGUGCUAACACUCAGAAAAUACUAACUGUCAAAUGCAUAAUAAAAAAAUCUUGAAGUUUUCUCUGA